ACUCCUGCUCCCACCAGCGGUCGACUCAGCAGAAACUCUCCGGCUCGUGUGACUCUCUGGCUUGAGUCACCUCAGAGGACUUGGAACUGUACAGGACUCUUUCUGAACACAAAGGAUUUUUUUUUUUCUACACCGCAGCAUGGAGGCCACCACGGGGGAAUAUGUUGACAACUAUGACUAUUAUGAUGACAAUGAGACUGACUGUGACUUCUCAGAGUGGGAGCCCUCCUACUCCCUCAUCCCGGUGCUCUACAUGCUCAUCUUCAUCCUGGGCCUGUCAGGGAACGGCGUGGUCAUCUUCACCGUCUGGAGGUCCAAAUCGAAACGCCGGGCCGCGGAUGUCUACAUAGGGAACCUGGCUCUUGCUGACCUCACCUUUGUUGUGACCCUACCUCUGUGGGCCGUGUACACAGCGCUGGGCUACCACUGGCCCUUCGGUGUGGCUCUGUGCAAGAUUAGCAGCUAUGUUGUUCUGGUCAACAUGUACGCCAGUGUUUUCUGCCUCACCUGCCUCAGCUUUGACCGCUACCUGGCCAUCGUUCACUCUCUGUCCAGCAGCAGGCUGCGCUCCAGGGGCACCAUGCUGGCCUCCCUGGGUGCCAUUUGGUUCCUCUCCGGCCUGCUGGCUAUUCCCACGCUGCUCUUCCGCACUACAGUGAACGACCAAAACAGCAACAGGACCACGUGCGCCAUGGACUUCAGCCUGGUGACGAGGAACAGGAGGCAUGAGUACCUCUGGAUCGCGGGGCUCAGCCUCUCCUCCUCUGCUUUGGGCUUCCUCCUUCCUUUCCUGGCCAUGACCAUCUUCUACUGCUUCAUCGGCUGCACCGUCACGCGCCACUUCAACAACCUGCGCAAGGAGGACCAGAAGAAAAAGCGUCUGCUGAAGAUCAUCACCACACUGGUGGUGGUGUUUGCCAUCUGCUGGACGCCCUUCCACGUCCUUAAGAGCAUGGACGCCCUCUCCUACCUGAACCUGGCGCCGAGCUCCUGCGGCUUCCUGCGCUUCCUGCUGCUGGCUCACCCUUACGCCACCUGCCUGGCCUACGUCAACAGCUGCCUCAACCCAUUUUUGUACGCCUUCUUCGACCUGCGCUUUCGCUCCCAGUGUCUGUGCCUGCUCAACCUGAAGAAGGCUAUGCACGGCCAGAUGAGCUCCAUGUCGUCCACGCUCAGCGCCCAGACUCAGAAGUCAGAGGUUCAGUCUCUGGCCACCAAGGUGUAAAAGAGAGUAAAGGGAAAGUUGGCGUGGGGCUGCAGGCAGGUCCCAGCUCCAACUUCUGGAACACUUGUAAAAAGAAAAGAAAAAAAAAAAGACUUUACCUGUCCAUUGUUCAAAGCUGGUAAGAUGAGAAGAUGAACUUGUCACUGCUCACAGUCAUGAAAUCCAUAAUGUGUUCCUCCCAGAGGUGGAUGCUCCGUAUGUUGUGUGGACUUGAAGCUGGAGCCAGCUGGCUGAGCUCCUCAGCUACGUCGUUCCUCAAAUUCUCAGAGAAAGAAAGUUUAUUUUUGUCCUGCUCUGCAAAAGUUGUCAUUUUUUCAUGUGGCGUUUGGAACUGUAAAUCAAUUGAUGUGGAAAUCUGUUUACACUGGAUGAAACAUAAAGCUGUACAGUAUUUUCAUACCAUAGCAUUUUGUUUUGUUUUAGAAGCACUUGUUGAAGAAAAUGUGUGUGCAGGGAAAUCAAACGGAGCAGUGUCCUCUUUAAAGCUUGUUUGUGAGGGUGGAAGAAGUCUGCAGGAGAAGGAGGUGAGGCGGGGGGGGGGACGUAAGAGGAGAAAAGGUGUUGCAGCUUAAUUAUAUAGUUUGUGGAGAGGAGACGGGGGCAGACAGGCAGAUGGCAGUUGACAAAUGUUGUUGGGGAGCAGGAGCGGGGCGGGGUGGAGGGGUGGAGGGGUUUCGCAGUGUAGUCACGGCACUAAAGGGGACAAAGGAACUCUGUAAAUAAAUGUUCCAGUUUGAUGCAUUAUGUUUCUUUUUUUUGUUUGUUUUUUUUUUUUGACAUCACUGUAACUAACUACUGUAUUAAAGAUCUAUGAACCAGACCUCUUAGAGUCUUUUGUUCAGAGGAGAAAGUAAAGGCAACUCUAACACUGACUUUAAACAGUUUCACAAAAGAGGUCCUUUGAGAUUGAAACUGUUUUCAUUAAGCCUGUAGUUUCACGUCAGUUUCAUUACGCCUUCCUGUUAUUUCAGUGUUAAGUACCCCCAGAGGGCUGAACCUUUGUUAUGAAUGCCCUGCAUUUGGUUUGCACCUUCAGACUAAUAGAUCUCUAAUCUCUAUUGAUUCACAGGCAGUA